AUGGAAAUUAGCAAAGUUGGAAGGGUUAUUGACCGCAGCAAUAAGCCGAACAGUGAAAAUGGGGAUCAUUAUUCAUUGGCAAAACAAAGCACUUCAAAUUCAGCAAAAUGCAGCUUGCUUAGUAGUCAACCUAAAUUGGUUAAGGAGGUUUCUGUUAGUAAACGUGUAAAGGAUUUUGGACCUGAUGUUGAGACAUAUUGUGAUGAGAAUGGUCUUGUUCGAGUUAGCAGAGUUAAAGGAUUAGGAAUUCGCAUGACUCGUGAUUUACAGAGGAAUUUAGAUCUGAUGGAAAAGUAUGAGCAGGAGAAAAGAAGGGGAGAUAACUCCUCAGAUCGGGUGGCUUCCCACACCAAAAAAGUUGUUGAUGUCUCCGAAGGUCUUUCUGGAAAUAAUCAUUCCCCAAGUGUUGCAAGUAAUGAAGGAAUAGGUGUAACAUUUACUGAGAAAAGUAGUUCACUCCCACUAGACAGGAGAGGUUACAUGGAUGAACUUGCUAUUCAUGGUAGUGAAGAUGCAAUUGUGAUUUCCUUCUCAGAGGAUGACAGCGGGAAGAAAGCUACGGAUGAUGAUAAUAUAUUCAUGCAAUUGAUUUUUGGAGGCCAAAAAACCAAUUUAUCCUUGGAAUGUGUUCAUUCAGAUAAGAGCACAAAUGAAUCUGAAUCUGAUUGCAGUUGGGAGGAAGGUCUAGUUAAGGAAAUUUCUGAAAUUCCAAAUAGUUUUGCUGAUAUAACUGCAAGUCCGAAAAGUGACUUGAACAAAAACCAAUCGUCUUUAGCUGAGAGCAGCUAUGAAGUAGCUGAUGUGGAUUGGGAGGAAGGGGUGUGUCAAAAUCCUAACAAAAGUUCUCAAUUUCUAGAUAAACCUGUAAAAGAUGUUUCUAGAGGAAUGCUUCAGGAAGAAGCUGAUAUACAAGAAGCAAUAAGGAGAAGCCCUGAAGAUUUUAAGGAACAAAACUCUUCAACCAAUUCUUCAGCAGUUACAAAAUUAAUGAGAUCAGUGAAAGAUCAAAUCUCUGAUGGGGUUAUUUUGCACAAACUGGUGACAAAUACUUGUGUUCAUUUAGGUAAUGAUGCUGAGGAAAGUCCAUCAUGUAAUGAUGGACAGUUGGAUAAUCGCUGCAAAGAGGAUGAUUUGCAGAUCCCUGAUUCUUCAAAGAAUAAUCUUGAUUCAUAUAAUUUAUCUGGUUUAGAUUUGGAUGGAGAAUCAUCUCUGCUAAGUAGAAGAGAAGAUGAACAGAAUGUAAUGACUUCACAAAGAGGCAACAUUCCACCUAGCAAACCUUCUGAUGGUCACCCAAGUUGGUUGGAACAAUCUCUUGAUGCUAGUUAUCAAGUCCAAAUUAAAUCUUGUUCAAGAAUGUCCAUGGAGGAAUUGUGUGAGAUCAAGGCCUAAUACCAGCACUAAGAUUACAGAUGAUGGAUCUGAAGUUGUUGUUGGUUCCUCAAAUCGUGACAGUCGCCAUCUAUCUAGAUCAAGUGUAUCGCCUG